UAUUUUAUUUUUUCCCUGUCGUUGACUGUACUUACAUUGGAAGGCAAUAAAAUUAAGUCGAUGACAACUGAGGAUUCAAAAAUUUAAAAUUUCUCCUCGCUUUUCCUGCAUUUUCCUUGAUUGAUAAACAAAACCAAACCUUUUUGAGACCUCCCUGAGCUCUCUGGUCUUAUAUUCUUGCCGACAUGCCAACGGUGCUUGAAGAAUUUGAGCCCAUAUUCGGCGAACCCAAGGUCGAAUGGACUGGUUCAUCUUCGGGUUCGGGUCAGUCAAGUGGGUUCUUGUUCUACGUUCAUUCUCUGGACUCAUCUCAUCUAAGGAUUUACGUCUCCGAUUUCCGCGACACCACUUGGGAGUCCGUACGCUCCGUUUUGCAGCUUGAAGACAUGAGGGACAGUGUUGGAAUUGGGGGCUCUUGGUCUGACUUCAUUCACUAUCUGCUAGCCUCCAUUAAGUCUGAAGAUGUAAAGCUUCUUUUGGAAGCCAUGCCCAACUCAAGUGAUACCAAAUCUGCAAAGUUAGUUGCUCAGAAAUCAAAAGGAAUGCCUCGAAUUUCCUUUUCUCUCACAAAACUCACUGGUUCUGCUGCUACUGAUGCCAUGGCUAAUCUUUCACUAGAACUUUUUAAAGCAUAUAAAGGCUUGCAAUCUUUAUUUAUGCAAGACUUUGGCUCUGGUGACAUUGCUCAAAACGUUAUUGUGGAAGAGUUUCAGAUUUGGUGCUGCAGAUUCAUAUCCACAUCUGCUCUGCAAGCUUCUUGCAUUGUCUGGGUUUUUAGGGGGCUAUUAGUCAGGUUGAUGUUGUAGGCAGGAGUUGUCGCACUUUAGAAUGUAGGAAGAUGCUUGGUGCUAGAAAAAGUGCUUUUUUCCCCUCAAAAUCCAUUAUUAUGGCUACCAAGUAGAAUAUGCUGAUAAUUGUAAGUUGCCAGGAUGAUCAUUAUGGCACUGUUUUAAAUGCCACCAUGUGAAGAAACGUUAUCUGUAGGAUAUCUUCCCGAUGGAGACUUUUUUAGCAAAAUUGCAUUUUUGUAUUUGCAAAUUUCAUAUAUACAGCCACAUAUUUCUUCACAUUGUGUCUAUUAUAGAUGAAGAAAGGCAUUUUUACAUUUGGCCAUUUGAAGAAAUGCUUGUUGAGUAGGCUUUUAUAUCAUGCAAUGAACCAAUAGACUUCUAAUAACAAGGAGCAAAUAAAUUUCCUAGCAAGAACCAGUUUAAAGUGAAAAUUGAAAAAGAAAAUGAGCACUUUAGUUGCUAGCAUAAACUCUUAGCUUUAUUGUUUCAAAUUAGCAAGUUUUCUUCUUCUUAUUACCUUUUCAUUUUGAUUGUAAGCUUACUUGGGUUAUAACAUGCUAACAAGAGUUCAUAAUAUAAACUCUUUGCUUUAUUGCUUUCAAAUAUAGCAAGUUUUUUAUGUAUUAUAGUUUUCUUCUUUUUGAUUGUACAGUUUAGUUGGGUUAUAACAUGCUAACAAGUUUCCAUGCAAUAUUAAAGCUUUUGUCAUUAGGAUUCUUCCAUGGUGACUAAACCUUGUUAAAAUCAUGAUAUUUUUGAAGAUUUUCUCACUUGAAAAGAUUUUUAAACAUAGUCUUCUUUGAUCUAUCUUGAUUCAGUUUUGCAUAGUGGUGGUAUCAUAACCUUAUGUGAAGUUACUUAGCCUAUUGUUAUUGGAUUUUUAUUUGGUAUAGAUCAUCGUUUUUAAACUUGGCCUGUUCAGGCUGGCUGAACCUGACAUUGCCAUGCCUUGGUUGUAAAUCGAGCCGGGCUGGGUGUUUAUUGUCAAUUUCAAAGAGUGAAGUUUCAAAAGAGAAGCUAAUAAGCCAUGGAGCCAACUCACCAAUUUGGUCUGUUUAUACUCUUAUAGCUAUGUAUAAAUCAGUUUUGCCAGGAUACUAUUGACAGCUUCCCCUAAUUCACAACUAUAAUACAAAUUAAGCCUAAACAAGAAAAUUAUUGCUUAGUUACACUUUUUAUUUAAUACUUACUAAUUCACAAAAAGGAAACCUACAUUAUAUUAGUCAGUAAAUAAUCUAAUAACAAUAAAUUAAAUUUGGGAUGAUUAUGUUGUAAAAUAAUAAUGAAUUUAUACAUUACACGAUUUUAAACACCUAAAUCAUUUGGAUAGUUAAUCCAUGAGUAGAUGAAAUUAGUGUUUUAUUUCUACUUUUUUUUUUCUCAGGGACCAUGAUAGAUAUGCUUUUUCUUUUUCUCUCUUUUUCACCAGUUAUUUUUACUGUUUUUGGUGCACUAAAUAUUUUGAAUUGCACUAUUUAAUAUUUUGAUAGAUUGUUAAAAAACUUAUUGCAUUUAUGUGGACAUCAUGGUUUGGCCUUUGGUUGAAAGUUGAAACUGAUUUUGAGUUACAUGGCCAAAGGAUUGUGUUGGACAAAGGUAUGUGUCAAACACAUGUAUGCUAUCUAUUUGACAAAGUUUUCAAUUAAUUUCAAGGAUUUAAGUGUCAUGGACAUAAAAUUUCAAAGUGUCCUACAAGUGCACAAAUAAUAUAUUUAAAUCAAAUUAUGCAGAUGUCAUUAGGGUGAGCUUGACCCCAUGUUCAACAGCAAAAGCUUCAUCUCUAGGACUUUCAUAUUGCAAAGAAACUCUUCAUAUUUGCAAAUAUCGAUAUGUUCUUUAACUCUUUGACACUUUCACACCUAUUAGCAAGUGUUUUCACAUUAUAUAAAGUUUCUUAGGUUAAAAAUUUCUUGAAACAUAUUACUGGUUCCAAUUAGUUACAAAGUGUUUCUUUUCUAAUAAAUUUUGUUUAUUGAACCCUUAGUUUUAAAAAUAGAUGUCUUCUUUUUUUGGGAGGGUGCAAUCUCUCAUUCUG